UGCAUCCCCAGCAGCGCCGUGCUCUGCUCUGAACCAGCUCAGCAUGCUGUGCAGCAGGGCAAUACUGGAGUAGAGCUGCUGGGAGUGACCACAUGUGCUGCAGCUUUACACAAGUUUGUCCCCAUCUCCUGGAACACAACAGCGAGCUGAAGCAGUCACAGUCGAUGUUAAUUGGCAGCGUGGCUUCCAUAGGAAAACCACUUCUUCGGGCUCUGGGAACGUCCCCUUUCGGGGCUAAGCACCAGCCCGAAGUAACACAGAUACACUUCCCUCCAUUGUUUUUUUUCCAACUGAAUUCAGCUGAACAAAGCCUCCUGCAUAAGCUGCGCUUCAUGGUGCAUCACUCGGCUUCCUUCUCCCCUCCAGCCCUUCCUCAGCUGCUCCACGCCAGGCGAUGUCAGCGCAGUCAGCGCAGUCAUCCCGUGACAAACGGCACCGAGCACGCGGUGACAGCAGCGGGCAGUGACGGCAUCACCCGGGGUUCUGCAAGCUGUCACUCACCCGGCACGGUGUUUGUGGUGUUAAUUUAAAUGGCAAAGCGUAGAGCAAACAGCAUCACUGCUCAGAAGCUGAAAUCUGCAGAGCCGAGGAGGUAAGCACCUCCAAAACAGCCCUAGCUUAGCAACGAGCCCGGCUCUUUGUGCUGUGUGCGGCUUAACUGCAAUAGCUUUUACUCUCUUUGAUCUUCCGGGUGGCUUUAUUCCCUGGAUUUCCCAGGACAACGAAUACACACGGCUCCACAAGGCAGCGCUGCAGGCGCAGAACGCGAAAUGGCGGCCUGGGAACCCCGGCCGCCCUAUGCGUAGCCACGCCCACUCUUCGCGUAGCUACGCCCCUACGCUCCCUUCGCGUUGUCGUUACGUCAGCAGAGUGGUAUCCAUGGCAACACCGCAGACGCUCCGCAACCUGCGGCCUCCCGCCAUGGCCGCCCUGGCCGAUCCGCAGCAGGAGGAGGAAUUCCAGCGCUUCCUCCGCCGUGUGGACGACAUCAGCCGCCUGGUGCAGGGCUUGAGCUCUGCGGACGCCGCUGUCCGGGACGGAGCGAUCGCCGAGGCGGACCGACGGCUCCGGGAGCAGCGGGGCAGCGAGCAGAGCGCGGCCGGGGCAGACAGGACGGUGAUCAACACGCGCCAUCCCGAUUCUGUAAACACAGAGGCAGUGCACACAGAGGGCUUCCUGGCUGCUUUGGAGAAGGAUGCAAAAGAACGAGCUAAACAAAGGAAGAGAAAUGAACGCUUAGCAAAUGCUCUGAAGGAGAAAGGAAACGAUGCCUUCAGGAAAGGGGACUACAACACAGCUGCCCAGAGAUACACUGAUGGCCUGCAGAAACUGAAGGAUGUGCCGGAGCUGUACACCAACAGAGCACAGGCCUACCUGAAGAUGCAUGAAUAUGGAAAAGCCAUUGGUGACUGUGAAUGGGCGUUAAAGUCCAGGCAGUGCUACCAGAAGCUCUUACAGCUUGAUCCCCAAAAGAAAAGUUUAUUUAAAGAUUGCAUGAAUGAGGUUAACUUGGAGGAAAAAAGAAUGCAAGAGGAAGACAGAGCAAUGAAAGCAUUUCAGUCCGGAAAAGAUGCAGCUCUGUCCAUAAAAGAUCUGCUGCAGAAACUCAACAGGCCAGACCAGAAUAUCCUCUACUAUACAGGAGGGAUCCAAGUUCUGAUAGGAGUUGUGAAGGAGUGCACUGAGCAAACUUUAUUUAGAACAAACAAUGGGUUCAGUAUCAUCAAUGACAACGAGGUCAUAAGACGGGGCUUCUGUGCAGGAAGAAAGAGCACUGCUGAAGUGGAUCUGUGUGUUUCUCUUCUCUCCCUUUGGCAAGCUGUGUGCGCUGGGAACGAAGAAAAUCAGCGACUGCUGUUGACUCACCCUGAUGUGAAUGCACAGCUGUUGGAAUUGCUGUGUUCUGGUGUAUUGGAGAUCCAAAAGGAGACACUGGCACUGAUUGCUCUCUAUUCAGAUAAUGAGAAUGGGAGGAGACUGUUGAUCAGGCACCAGGACCUAUCCAGAUGGCUGCAGAUAUUGAUGAUGUUCGUCAACAGCACUGAUGCAAGGGCCAGCAGUGCCAUGAGUAUACUGUCGGAUUUAAUUCAAGAGGAAAAGUUCAAAGCACAGUGUCGCCUCACGUUUUCCACAUCUGUUUUACCACUGUUCAUCCAACUGCUGGCCUCAGCCAAGCUGGUGGACCAGACAGCCCUCUCAUGUUGCAUUGGCAUCAUGGGGAACCUGUGUGCAGAUGCAGCCAUCCGAGUGCAUAUGGCAGAGUGCAAGGAGUGCUGGCAAGCCUGCUUACAGCUGGUGGAUGGAUGUGCUGAUGUUGGCACACCCAAAUAUCGGGAGUGUGUGUUUGCAGUGCUGGGCCUCAUGAUGAACUUACUGCUUGAAUCAAACUCUGUCAUCCAGUGCCUUGCUGUGGACAUAAGUGGCAGAUGCAUGUCCCUCCUCAGGGAUCAGGAUGGAAGAACUGUGACAAGAGCCAUUGGAGUGCUGAGUCGCAUCCUGGCAGCAUCCUCACUGGCAGUAGAAGAAGCAGUGAAAGGAGGAGUGGUGAAGAAAAUGAUCAAAUUCUUGAAGGCUGGAGGACAGACCACAUCCAGUUAUGCUAUAAAGACUCUUUCCAUCUGCACAAGAAGUAGCAGACAAGCCCAGGAAGAGGUGGUGAAGUCAGAUAAGAAAUUCAGCGUGCUGCUGAAGCUCUUGGACUCAGAAAAUGAAAUGAUUGUGGGAAAUGCUGCUUUCUGCCUUGGGCAGUGCCUCGUUGUUCCUGGAGCAGCAACAUCCUUACUGAAUUCCAACAUUGUGAUGGCUCUAUUGAAACACGCUGGUGGUGAUGCUGCAAGAACUUCAGUGCAGGAGAAUGCAGCAAUUGCUCUGGGGAAGCUGUGUGUUGCAGAACCAAGGCAUAUUUUUCAACUGCGGGAGCUCAAUGGCAUGGCCAUCCUCAACUCCUCUAUGAAAUAUGUGCACAGCUCCUGACGUCCCCCAGAGAGCUUUGAUAAAUGCUGUUCAUAUCCCUUGCUGUUCCGUGUUUUCUUCUUUUCUUAAUAAAGCUCAUUCAAAGCA